AUGCCGGCAGCGCUAACGCAGGUUGACUCGGUGAAUAGAAAAAUCAGUGAGGAGCAUGAUAAGGUCUUCGCUACCGGUUGCUUGAACAUCGACACGUCUGGUCCCCGAGCCAACGCGGCUUUCGUUGUCCUUGCGCGGAAUAAGGAACUCGAGGGCGUCGUUCAGUCUCUCAAGUCCAUCGAGAGACACUUUAACCGAUGGUGGCACUACCCUUAUGUGUUCUUGAAUGACGGAGACUUCGAUCAAGAGUUCAAGGACACGGUCGUCAACUACACCAGUGCUCCCGUGGAGUUUGGCAAGAUCGACAGCAGCAUGUGGGGCUUCCCCGACUGGGUGGACAAGGAAGUCGCCAAGGAAGGGAUUAGAAAGCAAGGCGACGCUGCGAUUAUGUAUGGAGGACUGGAGAGUUAUCACCACAUGUGCCGAUUCUACUCCGGAUUCUUCUACAAGCACCCAUUGCUGCUGAAAUACGAGUGGUACUGGCGACUGGAGCCGGAUAUCAAGUACUUCUGCGAUAUCACUUAUGAUCCUUUCAUCAAAAUGCAAGAGCACAACAAGACCUACGGUUUCACCAUUGCUGUCAAGGAGCUCCGCGAAACGGUUCCCAACAUUUUCCGGUAUGCCUCUGCGUACAAGCGGAAGAAGGGACUCAAGUCGAAAGGUUUGUGGGAAAUGUUCCUCGAGGAGCCUUACAAGGAGGAAAAGACCGACGACGCUCCGAAGGAUGACAAACUUCCAGAGGAAGCUCUCCCUGAGGGCAUCCCGGAAGUUGAUCCAGAAGCCAUGGAAGGAGAAAAGUAUAAUAUGUGCCACUUCUGGAGUAACUUUGAGAUUGCUCGUCUGGACUUCUUCCGCAGCAAGGAAUACGAGGAAUUCUUCGAAAUGAUGGACAGGAGCGGAGGCUUCUGGAUGGAACGGUGGGGUGAUGCUCCCAUCCACUCCCUUGCUGCCGGAGCUCUUCUUUCUCCCAAGGAUAUCCAUUACUUCCGUGACUUUGGAUACCGGCAUACUACCAUCCAACACUGCCCAGCGAACGCACCGGCGCGGCAGCUGCCUCGCAUACCUUACCUGGAGAUGACGACAGAAGACGAGAAGAAGAGGAUUGAAGAAGACGAGUACUGGGCAACUCCGGACCCCGUCAAAGAGAACGGGGUUGGCUGCCGAUGCAAGUGUGAUACCGACAUUGUCGAUGUUGAGGGCAAACAGGGCAGUUGCCUCGCCGAAUGGGUCCAAGUCGCUGGAGGCUGGGCAUCUCCUUAG